AUGAGCAGAGAUUUGAAGAAAGAGGAAAAGAAGGAGAAGGGUUCUGAUGUGGCUGAGAAAGUUGUGGUGGCUGUUAAGGAAUCAAGGGAGAUUCCAAAGACUGCUCUUGUUUGGGCUUUGACUCAUGUUGUUCAGCCAGGGGACUGCAUUACUCUUCUUGUGGUUGUUUCUUCACACAGUUCUGGUAGAAAGUUAUGGGGCUUUCCAAGAUUUGCUGGAGACUGUGCUAGUGGCAACAAAAAGUCACAAACUGGGACAAACGCAGAGCAGAAAUAUGAUAUAACAGAUACUUGCUCCCAGAUGAUCCUUCAACUCCACGAUGUUUAUGAUCCUAAUAAAAUCAAUGUGAAGAUAAAAAUUGUUUCGGGGUCCCCAUGUGGAGCAGUGGCUGCAGAGGCAACGAGAACUCAAGCCAAUUGGGUUGUUCUGGACAAACAACUCAAGCAUGAGGAAAAGCGUUGCAUGGAAGAACUUCAAUGCAACAUUGUUGUCAUGAAGCAUUCCCAACCCAAGGUUCUUCGUCUGAAUUUAGUUGGAUCACCUAGAAAGGGAAAGGAAGUGAUGGACUCUGGUAAAGAUCACUCGUCCAAAAUUCAAGAUAACAAUGAUUCUUUGAAUUCCAAUCGAGGUCCACUAGUUACUCCAUCAAGUAGUCCCGAGACAUUCACCGCGACUGAAGGCGGAAUUUCAUCAGUUUCAAGCUCUGAUCCUGGAACAUCACCAUUCUUCAUUUCUGAAAUGAAGGAUGGUCUAAAGAAAGAGGAAUUAUCAGCUUCGAAACAAGAGCAAGAACUUGACGAGUCCAGUUCAGACACUGAGAGUGAAAACUUAUCCUCCACUUCAAGUUUAAGGUUUCAACCAUGGGUAGCAGAAUUUACCAGUUCACACGCUCAAUCCUUGCUAGGAGAAAGCUCUGAACGAUGCAAUAAUCGAACUCAAAGUUUUGUAACAAAGGCCUUGCUAGAAAAGCUUUCUAAACUUGACGAUGAAACUGGGUUUGCAUCCCCAAGCUAUAGAUCUAAUAUGGAUUUCAGUGGCAAUUUGAGAGAAGCAAUUUUGCUCUCUAGAAAUGCACCACCUGGACCACCUCCCUUGUGUUCGCUUUGUCAACAUAAGGCUCCGGUAUUUGGAAAGCCUCCAAGGUGGUUCACUUAUGCCGAGCUGGAGCUUGCCACGGGAGGGUUUUCACAAGCUAACUUUUUAGCUGAAGGUGGGUUUGGAUCUGUCCAUAGAGGAGUCCUUCCAGAUGGUCAGGCCGUUGCUGUCAAGCAACACAAAUUGGCCAGUUCUCAAGGAGAUCAAGAAUUUUGCUCGGAGGUUGAAGUUCUCAGCUGUGCUCAGCACCGAAAUGUGGUUAUGUUGAUUGGUUUCUGCAUUGAAGAUGGAAGAAGAUUACUAGUUUAUGAAUACAUUUGCAAUGGAUCUCUGGAUUCUCAUCUUUAUGGACGUCAUCGAGAUCCAUUAGCGUGGUCUGCACGUCAAAAAAUUGCACUGGGAGCUGCACGAGGUCUACGAUAUCUUCACGAGGAAUGCAGAGUAGGUUGCAUUGUUCAUCGAGACAUGAGGCCGAAUAACAUCCUCAUUACCCAUGACUUCGAACCCAUGGUGGGAGACUUUGGUUUGGCAAGAUGGCAACCUGAUGGAGAGACAGGAGUUGAAACAAGAGUAAUUGGAACAUUUGGGUACUUGGCUCCUGAAUAUGCUCAAAGCGGACAGAUCACAGAAAAAGCAGACGUUUACUCCUUUGGUGUGGUGCUGGUCGAACUUGUUACUGGACGUAAAGCAGUGGAUCUUAACAGACCUAAGGGCCAGCAGUGUCUCACUGAGUGGGCACGCCCUUUAGUGGAUGCAUAUGCCAUCCAUGAACUAGUUGAUCCACAGCUCGGGAACAAUUAUUCAGAACAUGAGGUUUGCUGCAUGUUACAUGCUGCAUCUUGGUGUAUACGCCGGGAUCCACAGACAAGGCCUCGCAUGUCUCGGGUGCUUCGGAUACUUGAGGGUGAUUUUAUUAUGGAUUCAAGUCGAAGGUCCGCACCUGGGUAUGACUUGGGGAGUCGCAGUGGCAGGAUCUGGUCAGAUUACCAGCUGCAAAACGAACGACAUAGCGGUCCAAUGUUAAACGAGGCAUUGGAAGGAUUUAACUCUAAGUUAUCACUUAGCACUAGACCUAACUUCUCGGGAAGAGACAAAGCCAGGACUUCGUAUAAAGACGAUCUGUAA